AUGCUCAAAAGUCCGCGGCUGCUCCAACUCUUGCGCCAAGUGCCAGCGCAAGAAGGUUUUUUGAAAGCAUCACUGAGGCGAGAUUUCACCGGUCUGGUAUCGAAGCCUCAAGCAAAGACAGGAAGCUUCCAGCGGCGAGACUUCGUCACUGCAAAGCUACGGACAGCAAGGCCAGCGCAUUCAAAGGCAUGGCGCCGUCAGACACGCCAAAACAGCAGCAAUGCGUCUAGAAAUGAACCGGGCGGCCAGGAGCCUCAGUCGCUUUCGGAUCGCAUGAGGGCAAUGUCGCGCAAGUAUGGGUGGACUGUCGUCGGAAUAUACCUUGGAUUGUCUGCCUUGGAUUUUCCCUUUUGCUUCCUGGCGGUGCGAUGGCUUGGAACAGAUCGGAUCGCGGCGGCGGAGCAUGCGGUCGUGAGUCGCUUCUGGGCCGUGCUGGAGAGCGUUGUGCCCAGUUUGAAAGAGCGACGCGCACAGAAUCAGCUGGCAGAGGCCGAGGAUGCAGUGAAGGAGGCCAGCGAAGCCGUUGAAAAGGACGCAAAGCAUGAGCCUGCAAGUAUUUGGACACAGCUCCUCCUCGCGUACGGAGUGCACAAGUCACUAUUCUUCCUCCGAGUUCCUCUGACAUUAGCUGUGACGCCCAAGGUGGUCAAGACGCUGCGCGGAUGGGGAUUUCAGAUUGGGAAGCCAAAGCCAAAAUGA